CGAGGACCGUACCGGUAGGUGCUGCAAUGUGAAACUUGGGGACACUAGCAUUUCCUAGUCUGUCCAUUAUAAAAAUGCGGAGCUCCUCCCGUAAUCGGGACCCUUUGUUCCAGACGGUCCGUUUCCCCACUAUACUAGUCUAGGAACUAACCGCAGCGAACACACUACAAGCAGUCAUUCACACAACGUGCUGCCCCCUUUACCGAGCGAACGAGGCUCUGAAGUCAAGCGUAAACCCACGCAGCACAGGCCGGACCUGCUCUCUUGGUUCCAUCGUCUUGGCACUUGACCGCCGUUUUGAUCAUAUCUUUUGCCCUGUUGUUGUAUACUUACAUCACAAGUUCACAUCUCUCUUACAUAACCUUUCUACCAUUACUUCGAAAACUGCACAUCGAAAGAGCUCAAAAAAUGUCGAGAAUCGCAGUUGUCUGGUCAGGUUUAACCGACGAUGACGAGGAAGCGCAAAGCUGGUACGAAAACAGGCAUGUGCCUGCUACCAUUGCGAAGAUUGAAUCUUCAGCGCGCACCGCAGAGCAAACCCCCGAGAAUCCAUUCCAAGAAGUGAAUGAGGUCAACGGCAAGCAUAUGACCAUUUACGACUUGCCUGAGGAAGAGUCGAUAGAAGAUUUCGAGGCGAAGAUUGGCCCGACGUUGGGCGACGUUCCAGUCGGCGCACGCUUGAACACUCGGUCGUACAAAGAGUAUUUCAAGGUUCACGGCGAUGAAUGGAGAGACGACCCUCGCGAUGUUCGAAUGUGGGCCAUUGUCCUCUGGCAGCCAAAACCAGAAGUUUACGAUGAAUUCAUAGAAUGGUUCAUAGGCGAUUUCAUCCCCGGAAUGCUCGACAGUCCCGAAUUACUGCGCGCGCGCGUGUUUACGCUCGAGCUUGCAAACAAUAUCCGAGCCCAAAAGUACGAACCAGUGGACAAAGACUCGCUCCUGAAAUUUUUGACCAUCUGGGAGUUUGAGAGUGAAGAAUUCCCAUGGGAAAUAUUGGUUUAUCUGGGAAGUUCAGAGAAAUGGCGAUAUUACAUGGAAGGCGGGCUGGUGGAUUGGGAGAUUGCGCAAUACAUGGUAAAGAACAACUAUCCUGGAACGGGGGAAGAAGAAGAUUCCGCGAUAGCGAGCCCAGGAGUGCCCUGCCCGUAGUCGCUAGAGAAUCGUAAAAUAAGCAUUCUUGCGGAGGCUGAUAUUGCAUAGGAAUAUAGGGACGGGGACGAGGACGACGAGGACAGAUACAGCGAGGACCAAAGCGGGGACGAGAACAGAGACAGCGAAGAUCAAAAUAGCGAGGACCAGAACAGAGACGAAGACAAGGACCAUCGCAACGGCGUACACCAGGUCAGUGAUGAGGAUAAGGACCAGCGAAAUGGCAUACACCGUUUUAGCGAGGAUGAUGACAUAGAAAGCGAACGAGGUUAUACCG